AUUUAUUACAGGCGGAUCUCUCUGGUGGUAUAACAUCUUUGUGAUGCUGUUUCAACGAAGCUUCUAUCGGAGAGACUUCUAGUUUGAGUAUUGAUCUAAGAAAUAUCAGUUAUAGAUUGUUAUUGUUUCUAAAGACAUAAGGUUACGAUGACCUUGAUAAAAAUACAUUCGAGGAUGUUUUAAUGAAUUAAAUAAUCGUGGAAUUAUUAACGAAACUUUUACAGUGUGCAAACUACAAUAAAAAAAAAUCAUAGUUAAAAUGUCGUGGUUCAUAGGGAUUCUUUCAAUUUAAAAGAUGCUGUGAAUUGACGUUCAUUUCUCACAGGAAUGACAAAGAAAGUAAUGAUGGAGCAAGAUAAAAUUGAGCGAAAACUCAGUGUGCCUAAAAUAUGUCGUGAGGUUACAAAUGACACCAAAACAGAUCACGAGGAGCCAACAGUUGCCGAUAAAAACCAACUAUUUCAACGAAGAAUGCAACUGCGAGACUCUCAACAUGGAGAUAAUUGCCAUUCAAGUUUAAACCCAGCAGCUCACCAUGGACGUUCAUGCUCAUUCCGUAACCGACCCCGGCCACAAUUGUUAAAUAUUGACAUUGACCGACCAAGACGAAGCAGUUUACCAUCACCUUCGGCGAAUUUUCUGUCCGUAUCUUUCGACAAUAUUUAUAAACAGAAGGAACCAUCUGACCAACAGCCAUUACGAAGAGUGCGGUCGUUUAAAACAACAUCGAAGGGGGGCAUUGUGAAUAGAGGGGACUCUUUUAAACGGAGCUCUAAUAGUAUAAACUCCACCGGGAGUGCAAUGCAUAGCGAGCAUGGGGGAGCUAGAUCACACAACAACAGCAUACAGCGAAUCAACAGCACGCAAUCCCGAGACAGUGGGACCGCGGACGGUACGGGAUCUUCUGUGAAUACAAUUAUUCAUAAAGUUGCCAUGGUUGGGGACAAAGGUGUUGGAAAAACAUCUUUGACCAAUCAGUUUAUGACAUCGGAGUUCGUUGCAUUUGAAACAGAUAACGAUGACGACGAAACAGAUCGUCACGUGACGGUCCUGUUAAACUCCGAAGAGUCAACAAUAAAAAUUGUUGACGGGGCUCUGAAAUCGCAGGAGUUCUCCAGUCGAUCUGUUGAUGCCUUUGCAGUGGUAUAUUCGAUCACAGACCGGGCGAGUUAUCAGGCUGCUGUUGACAUUUUGUACCACGUUCGCCAUCAACUUGACAUUAAAGACAAACCUACCAUUCUCAUCGCCAACAAGAUCGACCUUGUGAGAAAACGUAAGGUCACUAGAGAAGAGGCAAGAUCGGUAGCUAAACAGUACAACUCUAAAUACUGUGAAACGUCCGCUGCUCUUAAUCAUCACAUAGAUGAACUUCUGGUUGGAAUACUGAGUCAAAUCCGCCUGCACAAGACCCCAGGACUACCAAUAGAUCCACCCAACUUUAGGCCAAGUCAAAACAAGCUUGCCAAAUGUUCCAUGCCGGGACCAAAACGUUUACUAAAUUUCAUCUUUCGUAAACAUCCGAUGCAACCGUCUUGCCAUGAGUGUGAAAACCUCUUUACGUCAUAGUUUGCUCUCUUUGUUUCUUCUUUUUGGAAAGAAACUAUUUCCGUACGACUUUUGAUUAUUUUCUCAACACAUUGCUACUUUUAAAUAUGAAAAGUGCAAACAUAUGAUAUAAGGCAUAAUGUGAAACCUGACUUUAAUACUUAUGUGAAAAAAGGCUUAAAAUUAAGUCAUUGAUAUUGAAUACAUAUUGUACUAUUUGUUUUCAAUAUCACAUUUUGCCACUGCUUGCAUGAUGUUUAUAGCAAAUUAUCAUAUCAAUUAAAUCAAUCACAAACAAUGUAAUGUACAUUUUAAUGGAUUUUAAUUAUAAUGUCGUUUACCAAACUUUGUAAUAUAGAUUGAUUAUAUAACAUGUUUGAUUUCAUAAAUUCUGUUGCGUU